GACUUUCUUUGUGUGAGGAGACUAAACACAUUCACUAUGUUGCUUUCUCUGCUGCUGCUGCUGCUGGUCUGUAGCACCCAGGCAACUAGUUUUUAUGGAGCAGUGAUGACUUACUACCCAAAAGACACUAACACAGAUGGAUCUAUCAUGGUGGACCUUCGCAUUGUGGCGAGCUUCAACUCUUGCGCAGCUUUAUGUUCAGAUUGGCUGAAGAAUGUUGACAUGGGAAAUGGUGGAGAGUGGUGCCAGAAAGAGGGAAUCAUAAUUCAGCAGCAGCCCAGCAACACUCCCUUUCAGCUGUGGUAAGUGCACGAUGACAAUGUAAAAAAAAUAAAUUUCACUGAGGGCCAAAAAUGUAAUUUUUAAAUAAUCAGUGAAAGAUGAGAAAAUUAAAACCUCCUUUUCCAAAAGGUCAAUGGUUCAACUAAACUUAUAUUUAUUUUAACUAUAAAACAAAAGGUGAACAAGCUUACAGUGUGAUGAUUAAGGCAAAGGUCAAAAGACAGAUGAGCAGUGCAGCUUAAGGCAAACAAAUCCAGAUAAGUACAGGCAAUGAUAAAAGUUAGAAAAUCAAAAACAGUCUAAUCAGGAGCAGUUCGGGAAGUUGAACAGAGGACCUUUUGCUCUCUGGCGGAUGGCUGGAGGACUAGACUAAAGUGGAACUGGAGACCUCAGAUGGACGGUGUGGGGGCAGAACAGAUGGGUGGAGCAGGUCUGAAGUGUGACCAGGAGGCAGGACCAAAGGGCUGAGCAGGUCAAGCCAGCAGGCUCACAACCCUAAAAGUAAUUGACUGGAGUGCAGGUGGACUUCCAACGGUGCCAGAGUAGAGGGUUGGUGGCUAGCAGACUGGGAAGCUGGCUGGUUGUUAGCAGGCUGAAUGCAUAGGGGAUAGUAGAGUACGAAAAGUAUAACAGUGUCACACUGUCUAGCAUUUACUGGGAAACAUACAUCACAAUGGUAUGAAUGUCACACAUAUUUUGUUUCCAUUACAUCUUCAUAUCUUAUCUCGUGACAGAGAGGAAACUUUGAGCUCUUUGCAUGUUCAGUGAAAUGUUUCAGGAUGACAACAAAGUGCGUAUCUUUCAUCCAUUCAUAGGGAUUUGCCCCUCAUUUGCUUAUCAGGUGGCCCAUUGAUCUGGAAAUGAUUGAGGAAGUUGACACGGUAGAAAUAUAAAAUACGAUGGUAAACUAUUCCCUAUGGCUGAGAAAGCACGGAUCAGUGUGCCCCUUUCAGCAGAGGCCUGUGACCCUACUUGUUUGAAUCCAUGUCUGGGCAUCACUUUGUACAGUGGUCACCCCAGUUUCAUCAACAUUCCAUAUGUCUCCUGGUCCAAACUCAUAUUUCUGUUUCACUUUGUCUACAUUGUGGAAGAAAACAUUUUCUCUGUUGAAGUUACUUGCCCUGGCAAGGCUAGUUUCUCAGCGACAGCAUUGUGUUCCUCUUUAGUAAACCUGUAAACCAUUCUUUGCUGGCCUUUUCCGUUUGUGCCCACAGAGGUGCCAACUUCAGCUGGUAUGCCACAGCACACCAGUAGGCAAAUCUUUUAACGUCACUUGGCGACAGAUCAAAAUAAAUGUCAGCUGACCUAGUAAUAUAUUCAACAAGCUGCUUCUACAAAUCAGGUGAAAAACUCUUUUGUGGUGUUUUAUAAUCAAACGUUGUUGUUGUCAUGGCUGUCUGACUUUCAGUUUCUUCUCUGGGAAUCUUAUGACCGUACCAAGUCAGAAUAUGCUCAUUUAAUAAAUUACAGGCUUAUUAUGCUGUCUACUGUGCUUGUUGCCAACAUUCAUAACACCACACUAAAUUAACUGUUAACUGCUGAAUUGCUGAAGUAGUGUGUGUGGCCAUUAACACACAACAUGCCUACUGUAUAUCCUGACAUGCACACACACACCUGCUUCAUACAGUGCUGCAGCUAUAAUAUUCUCUUUACAGUAUAUUUUAAUACUAUUGCCAGAGCAAAUAACUCAAUAUCACAGUGUUUUUUGAGCAUGUUAUAUGUGUCUAUUUGUAUUGUCAAAGUCAUUGAGAUAACUUGCCCCAAACUGACAUGAGUGCUAAUUUUAACAUAGCACUUCAGCUAAAGUAGCCUAUCAAAAGACAUGUUAUUGUCUCCUCUACUGUCAACAAAAUUAUUAUUUUGCACAGUCACACCUAACUAAGUUGGAUUGUAUAUAAUGUAAAGUGCAAAUGUUUUUCUUCUGAAGCAAAGAAAUGAGAAAACUGUGCUCACCUCAGAUUAGAGUGACCUUGACCACAUGUGAACAGGAAGUUGACCAUAGAACAAGAAGUCACACAAACUGGCUAUUUGAUUCUUAAGAGGGAGCUUCUAGUGUUGGAGUUAUGAACCAUGUGACAACUUGCACAUGAGACAACUUACCCCGCUCUCCCCUACUAGGCAGCCGAUGAUAGAGAAGCCUGGUUCAUUGAAAACUUCCUUCACUGUGCCCAGGUGGUUGUGCCCCUUGAUGGUCUGCACCCUGACGACUUGUCCCUCUGUAAGCAGCUGUGGUGGGCGGCGUGAUGCAUCAUAGUAUCGCUUUGAAUGAGUAUUUUAUUCUGGAGAGGGGCAGUGACCUGCUUUGUGUUAUCCUGGGCUGGCUCUAACAGUGCUGACAGGAAGAUUUGAGCCUGUCUGUUGUAACAUCAGACAUUCUGCAGGUGAGUCCAAUGAUUUGCCACUGGGAAUGUUUCUGAUGUUCAGCAGAUUGAGGAAAACAUCAAUCCCAUCUCUGUGAGAUUUUUCCAUCAUUGGUUUGGCACUGCAGGCUGCCAUUUCUGCCAGUCUAUUUGACUGUGGCUACUCCGGGUUGCUGGUAAUGUGGAUGUCCCACUGCUUGCUUUAUCUCUCGUUCCCGGUCAAGCACUUUUUUUAGGUUGGCAUUGUGUUCUGCAGCAUCACGCCCUCCUAUGAUGAUGUCAUCCACUGUUACAGACUACAGACUACAAAAUUCAUGUGGCCAAUGACAAUUCAUAAUAUAAAAAUUAUUUAAAUAUAAUGCAGUAAUCAGUAGCUUGUUUUUUGACCCAAGUUACCUUGUUUUUGGACAAGGCAGAUCUCUUUCUUCUAUUUACAUUGCAGAGCAUUUUUUCCUAUUGUGCAAGUAAACCUUUCUCUGUUUAUUUUUUAUUUAACACCUUUGUUCUGCAUACUGUCACGCUUUGACUCGUGCUUGCAUUGCCACCAGGAUGCAGUGUGCUGGAGGAACUACUGGUUGUACAGUUGGAUCCAGUGUCAUGGAGUAUGUGAUGGGAAGUACUCCAAACUCGUCACUGAACACAUCUUUGUAUUGUGCGUGAAUCUGUUUUGAAAAUUGGCAUUGUUCUCGGUGCUGUUUGUGUAGUGGUUGUUUAGUUUCCCCAAAAUACAAGUCUGUGCACAGACCUGUAUAUAGGGGAAAACACUCUUGGAUAUAAUACAUAAUAGUGCACUUGGGUUCUGUGGAGAACAGUAAAAAUGGAUUCUCAUGAACUUCCACUAAAGGUUGAACGGUGGUCAAUGGAUAGAUAACAUUGUAAAUGGCAUCAUAUUAUCAAGAGCUGUGAUUCUGGUGGAGCUGAGGAACCGGUCGGACACCGGCCAGGCCAACAGAUCACCCCAGACCACCAUACUGCCAGAUCUGAGAGUUCCUUCAAACUGUCAGACAGAUUUCAACCUGUUGGCAUUUGACCCUGAUGGAGAUGAAGUUAAAUGCAGAUAUGGAAACACAAGACUCUCGGAGUGUGACCCCUGCACACCACCGUCUGUUCUUACCCUCUCAUCAUCUUGCACUUUGUCAUUCAGCCCCACUAAUACCAGUAAUCAAGGUCUAUACGCCGUACAGCUGGUUAUGGAGGACUUUCCCACGCAGAAUAUCACCCUGACUCCAACUCUCGGGGUGCAGACGACAAUAACUACCAACAGCGCUAUAAGCAAACUACCUGUUCAGUUUGUUUUUAAUGUGGACGCUGCGGUGCCAUCCUGCACAGAGGGACUAUAUUUGCCCAAGUUUCUGCAUCCAUCCCCAGCCAACAGAGCUCAGCUGUAUACCCCCAUCAAUCAGGCUCUAGAAAUCAGCAUCAAUGCAACAGCAAACAUAUCCACGAUUUCUGAGCUGCUGUUCAGUGGGCCGAAGAACACAAACCAGACUACAUUAGGAGCUGGACAGUACAUCCUGAGCUGGACGCCAUCUGAAAACCAAGAUGGAGAAAGCCACCCCAUCUGUUUUGUGGUCCAGGCACUUUUCAAUUUAGUCAAGUAUCACUCAGAGCUACGGUGUGUCAUUGUCAGUGUUGGAAACAACCCAACAACUACACCAGUACCUACAACAUCCAUGCUUACACAAACUACAACUACCGCACAAACUACAGCUACUAUUUUCUCCUCAACUACCCCACUAACCACUACCUCACCAGUUACAACAACCGCACCAACUACAGCCAUCACUACAUCAACUACUACAAUCAUCACUACACAAGCCACACAAAGCAUAACCACCAUUCCUUCAACACAAACUACAACCACAAGUGCUUCAGCAACUACCCCAUCAACUACACCUAUCACAACAAUAACGACACAAAGCACAACCACCAUUCCCUCAACAACUACCCAACUAACCACAGCAACCACCACCACACCAAUUACAACCACACAAACUACAGCCAACAUUGUAUCAUCAACCACAACUACCACACAAACUACUACAACCAUUCCCCCAACAACUAUCCCAGCAACUACAACCAUAACUACACCAACCACAACUACACCAACUACAACAACCACACAAACAACCACUAUUGCUUCAACAAUAACCCCACCAACCACAGUCACCACUACAACAACCACACAAAGCACCACCACCGUUCCCUCAACAACUACCCAACUACCCGCAGCAACCACCACCACACCAAUUACAACAACUACACAAACUACAACUAACAUGGUAUCAACAACAACCGCACCAACUACACCAAUCACCACACCUACUCUACCUACCACACAAACUACUACAACUAUACCCCCAACCACUACACCAACUACAACUACCAUUCCGUCAACAACGCAAACACCAACUAUUAGUUCAACUACCCCACCAACUACUACAACCAUUCCCCCAACAACUAUCCCAGCAACUACAACCAUAACUACACCAACCACAACUACGCCAACUCCAACACCCACGCAAACAAACACUAUUCCUUCAACAACCACCCCACCAACUACAGCCACCACUACAACCACACAAAGCACCACCACCGUUCCCUCAACAAGUACCCAACUAACCUCAGUAACCACCACCACACCAAUUGCAACAACUGCACAAACUACAACUAACAUAGUAUCAACAACGAUGCCACCAACUACACCAAACACUACACCUACUCUACCUACCACACCAACUACUACAACCAUACCCCCAACCACUACACAAACUACAACUACCAUUCCGGCAACAACUACAAUCAUCACUACACCAACUCCAACAACAACGCAAACACCCACCAUUAGUUCAACUACCCCACCAACUACUACAACCAUUCCCCCAACAACUAUCCCAGCAACUACAACCAUAACUACACCAACCACAACUACGCCAACUCCAACACCCACGCAAACAAACACUAUUCCUUCAACAACCACCCCACCAACUACAGCCACCACUACAACCACACAAAGCACCACCACCGUUCCCUCAACAAGUACCCAACUAACCACAGUAAUCACCACCACACCAAUUACAACAACUGCACAAACUACAACUAACAUAGUAUCAACAACAACCCCACCAACUACACCAAACACUACACCUACUCUACCUACCACACAAACUACUACAACCAUACCCCCAACCACUACACCAACUACAACUACCAUUCCAUCAACAACUAUGACAAUCACUACACCAAGUCCAACAACAACGCAAACACUCACUAUUAGUUCAAGUACCCCACCAACUACAGCCACCACUGCAGUCACACAAAGCACAACCACCAUUCCCUCAACAACUAUUCACCUAACCACAGCAACCACCACCACACCAAUUACAACAACCGCACAAACUACAACUAACCUGGUAUCAACAACAACCCCAUCAACUACAGCCAGCGUUACACCAACUACAACUAACACACAAACUACAAACACCAUUCCCUUAACGACUACAGCCAUUACUACACCAACUGCAACAACCACACAAACUAGUACAACCAUUCCCUCAAUGACUACAACCAUCACUACACAAACCACGCAAAGCAUAACCACCAUUCCUUCAACAUCUACCCCACUAACCACAACGGCCACUACGACAACAACACAAACUACAACCACCACUGCUUCAACAACCUCCAUGCCAACUACAACCACCACCACAACCACAGAAAGCACAAUCACCAUUCCCUCAACAACUACCCAACUAACCCCAGUAACCACCACCACACCAAUUUCAACAACCGCACAAACUACAACUAACAUUGUAUCAACAACAACCCCACCAACUACACCAAUCGCUACACCAUCUACCACACAAACUACUACAACCAUUCCCCCAACAACUAUCCCAAUAACUACAACCAUAACUACGCCAACUCCUAUACCCACACAAACAACAACUAUUGCUUCAACAACUAGCCCACCAACCACAGUCACCACUACAACAACCACACAAAGCACCACCACCAUUCCCUCAACAACUACCCAACUAACCACAGCAACCACCACCACACCAAUUACAACAACCACACAAACUACAGCCAACAUUGUAUCAACAACAACCCCACCAACUACACCAAUCACUACACCAACUUCAACUACCACACAAACUACAACCACCAUUCCCUUAACGACUGCAGCCAUUACUACACAAACCACGCAAAGCAUAACCACCAUUCCUUCAACAUCUACCCCACUAACCACAACAGCCACUACGACAGCAACACAAACUACAACCACCACUGCUUCAACAACUACCCUGCCAACUACAGCCACCACAACAACAACCACAGAAAGCACCACCACCAUUCCCUCAACAACUACCCAACUAACCCCAGUAACCACCACCACACCAAUUUCAACAAACGCACAAACUACAACUAACAUUGUAUCAACAACAACCCCACCAACUACACCAACUCCAACUACCACACAAACUACUUCAACCAUUCCCUCGAUGACUACAACUAUCGCUAUACCAACUGCAACAACACAAACUACAACCACCACUGCUUCAACAACCUCCAUGCCAACUACAACCACCACCACAACAACCACAGAAAGCACAACCACCAUUCCCUCAACAACUACCCAACUAACCUCAGUAACCGCCACCACACCAAUUUCAACAACUGCACAAACUACAACUAACAUUGUAUCAUCAACAACCCCACCAACUACACCAAUCACUACACCAACUCCAACUACCACACAAACUACUUCAACCAUUCCCUCAAUGACUACAACUAUCACUACACCAACUACAACACAAACUACAUCCACCACUGCUUCAACAACCUCCAUGCCAACUACAACCACCACCACAACAACCACAGAAAGCACCACCACCAUUCCCUCAACAACUACCCAACUAACUACACCAAUUUCAACAACCGCACAAACUACAACUAAUAUUGUAUCAACAACAACCCUACCAACUACACCAAUCACUACACCAUCUACCACACAAACUACUACAACCAUACCCCCAACAACUAUCCCAAUAACUACAACCAUAACUAUACCUACUCCUAUACCCACACAAACAACAACUAUUGCUUCAACAACUAGCCCACCAACCACAGUCACCACUACAACAACCACACAAAGCACCACCACCAUUCCCUCAACAACUACCCAACUAACCACAGUAACCGCCACCACACCAAUUUCAACAACCGCACAAACUACAACUAAUAUUGUAUCAACAACAACCCCAUCAACUACACCAAUCACUACACCAACUUCAACUACCACACAAACUACUACAACCAUUCCCUCAAUGACUACAACCAUCACUACACAAACCACGCAAAGCAUAACCACCAUUCCUUCAACAUCUACCCCACUAACCACAACAGCCACUACGACAGCAACACAAACUACAACCACCACUGCUUCAACAACUACCCUGCCAACUACAGCCACCACAACAACAACCACAGAAAGCACCACCACCAUUCCCUCAACAACUACCCAACUAACCCCAGUAACCACCACCACACCAAUUUCAACAAACGCACAAACUACAACUAACAUUGUAUCAACAACAACCCCACCAACUACACUAACUCCAACUACCACACAAACUACUUCAACCAUUCCCUCAAUGACUACAACUAUCACUACACCAACUACAACACAAACUACAACCACCACUGCUUCAACAACCUCCCUGCCAACUACAACCACCACAACAACAACCACAGAAAGCACCACCACCAUUCCCUCAACAACUACCCAACUAACCCCAGUAACCACCACCACACCAAUUUCAACAAACGCACAAACUACAACUAACAUUGUAUCAACAACAACCCCACCAACUACACCAACUCCAACUACCACACAAACUACUUCAACCAUUCCCUCAAUGACUACAACUAUUACUACACCAACUACAACACAAACUACAACCACCACUGCUUCAACAACCUCCCUGCCAACUACAACCACCACCACAACAACCACAGAAAGCACCACCACCAUUCCCUCAACAACUACCCAACUAACCACAGUAACCGCCAUCACACCAAUUUCAACAACCGCACAAACUACAACUAACAUUGUAUCAACAACAACCCCACCAACUACACCAAUCGCUACACCAUCUACCACACAAACUACUACAACCAUUCCCCCAACAACUAUCCCAAUAACUACAACCAUAACUACGCCAACUCCUAUACCCACACAAACAACAACUAUUGCUUCAACAACUAGCCCACCAACCACAGUCACCACUACAACAACCACACAAAGCACCACCACCAUUCCCUCAACAACUACCCAACUAACCACAGCAACCACCACCACACCAAUUACAACAACCACACAAACUACAGCCAACAUUGUAUCAACAACAACCCCACCAACUUCACCAAUCACUACACCAACUUCAACUACCACACAAACUACAACCACCAUUCCCUUAACGACUGCAGCCAUUACUACACAAACCACGCAAAGCAUAACCACCAUUCCUUCAACAUCUACCCCACUAACCACAACAGCCACUACGACAGCAACACAAACUACAACCACCACUGCUUCAACAACUACCCUGCCAACUACAGCCACCACAACAACAACCACAGAAAGCACCACCACCAUUCCCUCAACAACUACCCAACUAACCCCAGUAACCACCACCACACCAAUUUCAACAAACGCACAAACUACAACUAACAUUGUAUCAACAACAACCCCACCAACUACACCAACUCCAACUACCACACAAACUACUUCAGCCAUUCCCUCGAUGACUACAACUAUCGCUAUACCAACUGCAACAACACAAACUACAACCACCACUGCUUCAACAACCUCCAUGCCAACUACAACCACCACCACAACAACCACAGAAAGCACAACCACCAUUCCCUCAACAACUACCCAACUAACCUCAGUAACCGCCACCACACCAAUUUCAACAACCACACAAACUACAACUAACAUUGUAUCAUCAACAACCCCACCAACUACACCAAUCACUACACCAACUCCAACUACCACACAAACUACUUCAACCAUUCCCUCAAUGACUACAACUAUCACUACACCAACUACAACACAAACUACAUCCACCACUGCUUCAACAACCUCCAUGCCAACUACAACCACCACCACAACAACCACAGAAAGCACCACCACCAUUCCCUCAACAACUACCCAACUAACUACACCAAUUUCAACAACCGCACAAACUACAACUAAUAUUGUAUCAACAACAACCCUACCAACUACACCAAUCACUACACCAUCUACCACACAAACUACUACAACCAUACCCCCAACAACUAUCCCAAUAACUACAACCAUAACUAUACCUACUCCUAUACCCACACAAACAACAACUAUUGCUUCAACAACUAGCCCACCAACCACAGUCACCACUACAACAACCACAGAAAGCACCACCACCAUUCCCUCAACAACUACCCAACUAACCACAGUAACCGCCACCACACCAAUUUCAACAACCGCACAAACUACAACUAAUAUUGUAUCAACAACAACCCCAUCAACUACACCAAUCACUACACCAACUUCAACUACCACACAAACUACUACAACCAUUCCCUCAAUGACUACAACCAUCACUACACAAACCACGCAAAGCAUAACCACCAUUCCUUCAACAUCUACCCCACUAACCACAACAGCCACUACGACAGCAACACAAACUACAACCACCACUGCUUCAACAACUACCCUGCCAACUACAGCCACCACAACAACAACCACAGAAAGCACCACCACCAUUCCCUCAACAACUACCCAACUAACCCCAGUAACCACCACCACACCAAUUUCAACAAACGCACAAACUACAACUAACAUUGUAUCAACAACAACCCCACCAACUACACCAACUCCAACUACCACACAAACUACUUCAACCAUUCCCUCAAUGACUACAACUAUCACUACACCAACUACAACACAAACUACAACCACCACUGCUUCAACAACCUCCCUGCCAACUACAACCACCACCACAACAACCACAGAAAGCACCACCACCAUUCCCUCAACAACUACCCAACUAACCACAGUAACCGCCAUCACACCAAUUUCAACAACCGCACAAACUACAACUAAUAUUGUAUCAACAACAACCCCACCAACUACACCAAUCGCUACACCAUCUACCACACAAACUACUACAACCAUUCCCCCAACAACUAUCCCAAUAACUACAACCAUAACUACGCCAACUCCUAUACCCACACAAACAACAACUAUUGCUUCAACAACUAGCCCACCAACCACAGUCACCACUACAACAACCACAGAAAGCACCACCACCAUUCCCUCAACAACUACCCAACUAACCACAGCAACCACCACCACACCAAUUACAACAACCACACAAACUACAGCCAACAUUGUAUCAACAACAACCCCACCAACUACACCAAUCACUACACCAACUUCAACUACCACACAAACUACAACCACCAUUCCCUUAACGACUACAGCCAUUACUACACCACCUUCAACAACCGCACAAACUACAACUAAUAUUGUAUCAUCAACAACCCCACCAACUACACCAAUCACUACACCAACUCCAACUACCACACAAACUACUUCAACCAUUCCCUCAAUGACUACAACUAUCACUACACCAACUACAACACAAACUACAUCCACCACUGCUUCAACAACCUCCAUGCCAACUACAACCACCACCACAACAACCACAGAAAGCACAACCACCAUUCCCUCAACAACUACCCAACUAACCACACCAAUUUCAACAACCGCACAAACUACAACUAAUAUUGUAUCAACAACAACCCUACCAACUACACCAAUCACUACACCAUCUACCACACAAACUACUACAACCAUACCCCCAACAACUAUCCCAAUAACUACAACCAUAACUAUACCUACUCCUAUACCCACACAAACAACAACUAUUGCUUCAACAACUAGCCCACCAACCACAGUCACCACUACAACAACCACACAAAGCACCACCACCAUUCCCUCAACAACUACCCAACUAACCACAGCAACCACCGCCACACCAAUUACAACAACCACACAAACUACAGCCAACAUUGUAUCAACAACAACCCCAUCAACUACAGCCAGAGUUACACCAACUGCAACAACCACACAAACUACUACAACCAUUCCCUCAAUGACUACAACCAUCACUACACAAACUACGCAAAGCAUAACCACCAUUCCUUCAACAUCUACCCCACUAACCACAACAGCCACUACGACAGCAACACAAACUACAACCACCACUGCUUCAACAACUACCCUGCCAACUACAGCCACCACAACAACAACCACAGAAAGCACCACCACCAUUCCCUCAACAACUACCCAACUAACCCCAGUAACCACCACCACACCAAUUUCAACAAACGCACAAACUACAACUAACAUUGUAUCAACAACAACCCCACCAACUACACCAACUCCAACUACCACACAAACUACUUCAGCCAUUCCCUCGAUGACUACAACUAUCGCUAUACCAACUGCAACAACACAAACUACAACCACCACUGCUUCAACAACCUCCAUGCCAACUACAACCACCACCACAACAACCACAGAAACUACAACUACCACUGCUUCAACAACUACCCUGCCAACUACAGCCACCACAACAACCACAGAAAGCACAACUACCGUUCCCUCAACAACUACCCAACUAACCACAGUAACUACCACCACACCAAUUUCAACAACCGCACAAACUACAACUAACAUUGUAUCAACAACAACCCCACCAACUACGCCAAUCACUACACCAUCUACCACACAAACUACUACAACCAUUCCCCCAACAACUACCCCAACAACUACAACCAUAACUAUGCCAAACACAACUACACCAUCUCCUAUACCCACACAGACAACAACUAUUGCUUCAACAACUAGCCCACCAACCACAGCCACCACUACAACAACCACCACACAAACCACCACCACCAUUCCCUCAACAACUACCCACCUAACCACAGCAACCACCACCACACCGACUACAACAACCACACAAACUACAGCCACCAUUCCCUUAACGACUACAACCAUCACUACACAAACCACGCAAAGCAUAACCACCAUUCCAACAUCUACCCCACUAUCCACAACAGCCACUACCACAACAACACAAACUAUAACCACCACCACUUCAACAACUACCAUGCCAACUACAACCGUCACCACACCAAUUACAACAACCACACAAACUACAACUAACAUUGUAUCAACUUCAACUACCACACAAACUACUACAGCCAUUCCCCAAAUGACUGCAACUAUCACUACACCAACUUCAACAACACAAACUACAACCACUACUGCUUCAACAAUUACCAUGCCAACUACAACCACCACUACACCGACUACAACAACCACACAAACUACAGCCACCAUUCCCUUAACGACUACAACCAUCACUACACAAACCACGCAAAGCAUAACCACCAUUCCAACAUCUACCCCACUAACCACAACAGCCACUACCACAACAACACAAACUAUAACCACCACCACUUCAACAACUACCAUGCCAACUACAACCGUCACCACACCAAUUACAACAACCACACAAACUACAACUAACAUUGUAUCAACUUCAACUACCACACAAACUACUACAGCCAUUCCCCAAAUGACUGCAACUAUCACUACACCAACUUCAACAACACAAACUACAACCACUACUGCUUCAACAAUUACCAUGCCAACUACAACCACCACUACACCAACCACAACAACAACACAAAGCACGGCAACCAUUCCCUCAAUAACUACCCCAUUAUCCACAGCAUCCACCAUUGUACCAACUACAACAACAACAACAACAACAAUUGCUUCAACCACUACACGACCAAAUACAACUAUCCCCACAACAACCACAACAACCCCACAAAGCACCUCACCUUUAAUCUAUUUUUUGUAUAUAAAUCCAACAAACUCAACAGUAGCUACAACCUGCGUGCUCACCACCUCCUCAACAAGUACCCCACUAACCACAACAACUACCAAUGCAUCUGUAACUCCAGUCUCAAAUCCAUUUGUCAUAGGUCUGAGAAUGAGGAUCUCCUCCUCAUCUUCACUGUCUAAGGACUACAUCAAGAAUAACCUCAUACAACAGAUUAGAGAUGAACUGGUGAGACAAGGGCUACCAUCAGACAUCACUCUAAACCUCAUGAGUAGUGUGGACCUUACGUCUACAACCACAGCAACUCCUGUUGUUUCAACAUGAACAUUUAUUGACUCCUGCAGGGAAAUUAUAUUUUCAGUUGCCUGCCAAAAAUAAUUGCAAGGUCUGCUAUAACUUCAUUGUUGAGCAAAAGUCUAAAGUUGAAAAGUUAUGUUUAUAAACUUAAUCCACGAUUAAAUAAAUAUUUCUCAAUUCUCAUAAAGACACAAUAAAAUAAGUAAUUAAUUAAUUUUGUUGAACCUUUUGUGGAGAAAUAUAACACAAGUAAUGAUAUAAACAAUUUCCAUAUUCCAGAUCAGUUAUUUGACUAUAUAUGGGUUGUUGAUUCAAAUGUUGUUAUUGAUAAUUAUUUUCAGGGUCCUUUGAAUAAUGGUUUAGGUGUCUAGCCACUGUCUGAGCUUGAUCUGAAUAUAAAAAAUUAUGUGACUGAUGAUAACAGAAUUUGAAACAGGUUUAUUGUUGAGUAAGCGUUCACAUACAAUGAAUUUGAAUUUGCCAUGGUAUUUAAAAUUUUAAAAUAUAUUUUAAAUAGAUAUGUACAAUAUGCUUGAGAUGUAAAGUUUGUGCAAUUAUGUGCAAAAUACUGACUAAGGAAUGUGCAAAGGUUCACAGUAUAAAAUGUAGAGAAAGUGAACAAUGUAGAGCGUAUACGUAUAUCCAAUUUUUAUAUUUUUUUUUAAUUGAAAUCUUUAUUUUUAAACAUGCAAGAGAAAGUAUAUAAAAAUUUUAAAAAAUAGGAGAAAAAAACAACAGAUGAGCAGCAAACAAAGUACCCUUCUUUCCUGUGUUAACAUUCUUCUAUCAUAUGUGCGAAAAGGAGUAGGAAGAGGUGAAACCUAUGUACUCCUACCCUUUUAAUUCUUACAUUCCUUCAAUUUACAAUAUUUAUAUUUAUUAUUAUACAUCCAUAUAUAUAUAUAUAUAUAUAUAUAUACAUACAAA